AUGACGGCCGCGAAAUUGCCCAGGGCUUUCUGGUCCACUUCGGAGGAGGCCAUCCAUAAAUCCCACGACCCAGGAAUUGGGGAGUCUGGGCAGAUAGAGUCAGCCAUAUUGGUCAUUGGCUUCAAGCAACAGGCGGAGUGGAGGUUCGGAAAAGACCAAUUGACCGAAAGAGAACUCAAUCGCGAAGCUAGGGAUGCACCAACAAAGAAGGGAAUAGGCGAAGACAGCUUGGACUUACCAAAAAGCAUGCAAACAGAAUUUCAAAUAAUAAUCAAACGCAGCGACUGGAUCAUGCUCCAACCACGCGCGUAUUCCCAGGCCGCGGGCCAAUUGACCUGCGAAAUCUAG